UCGCAAACUCGGUAUCAAAUAGUUCUAUUAUAUUACUCUCAGAAAAUGAAGAAGAGGGAGAUUUUGUGUUCUAGUCGGUGAAAAUUCAGUUUUAGGCAAAAGAAGAAGAUUCUGGGAUUCUCCACCACUAUCCCUUUUUCAUUCAAAUCAUUACCAGGAUAUCUCGGAUUCGGAUUUUAAGAUAAGGAACACAUGCCUGCUUCAAGAUGUGGUUAACCAGAUUUUAAAAUCUCCAACUUCUAAUGAGGAUUUCAUUGCAAUCAAAAGCAGCAGUGAAGAGUUUGCAGAUUCUAUUGAACAGUUCUUCACUCCAUAGGAAGAAAUUUCAUCUCGAGUCUCUCCAAAACCGGCUUUCUGUAUGACCUUUUCAGAUUCUUCAUAUUCGGAGAAUAGGGUUAAAAAUUCUCAAUCUACUUUGGAUGUUGGCAAUCCGGCUUUCCGUAUCUCUUUUUUUGAUUCAUCUGCAUUUGGUUCUACAUCACCUAUUAGCUCUUUUGCAUCAAAUGAUUUUAGUCCAUCCUUGACCGAAAACUUCAUACUUUCUGCAUCUAAAAAUGAAAUAUCUUUAACGAUGAUUGAUCAAUAUGGAUCCUUUACUGCGACAACCUCAUCAUUGCCCCAAGGAACCACAUCCAUAGAUGAAAAGAUUUUACAACAUGUUCAAGCUGCAGAACAAGGAAUGGAGCAGAACCAGGAACUGGAAAAGGAGCAGGAAUGGGCAUCUCCAGAGCAUCAACAGCAGAAGAAGCAGAAGCUUUAGCUCUGCUGCACAUAACAAGACGGGUCGUUGAAAAUAACCUGCAGAAUCUGGUCAUAGAAGGGGAUAACCAAGUAACUAUUAACUAUCUACAAGGGAAAGAAGUUUCAAUUCAAUGGCAAUGCUUAGCAAUUUUGGAAGAAGUUAAAAUUUCAGCUGCAAAACUAGUUUCUUUUUUGGGUUUCCAACAUGUAGACAGGCGAGCAAACAAAGUAGCUGAUUUAUUGGCUAAAAAGGGAAGAAAAGAAGAUCGAACUGAAUGUUGGUUAAAUUCUGUACCUAGGUUUUUAAUUCCUUCAAUAGCUUUCGACUCUGUCAAAGAUCAAAAUGUUUGUAACAUAAACUCUAUUGUAAGCACUUCAUAUGGUGUUAAUUCUGCAGAUUCAGUCAUCGGAGGAGCGAAUCAAACAAAUUUGAUCUCCAAUGAGUCUGAAUCAAUGAAUUAACCCUCUACGUUUAGUAAUCUACUCUAUUUUCAA